AAAAUCACAAACCGACACACGAAGAAGCCACAGUGACCUUACACAGAGGGAAGAAUGGAUUUGGUUUGGCCUUACAGCAGAGAAGAGAGGAUGCAAAGGAAGAUUUUGACCACUAUGAUUACGUUGUUGUGGUACGUACAAAAAACGAUUUUGACCACUAUGAAUUCAUUCUUGUGAAUGUCACAAAGGGCAGCUCAGCAGCUAAGGCUGGAUUAAAGGAAGGAACAGUGGUUACUCACAUCAAUGGAAGGUCUCUUCAUGGGAAAAGUGAGUUUCAAGUGUUUGCCAUGAUGAACACCAUUGAAGAAGACAUAGAGGUGUCUGUUCUAGCCCCGUGCGAACUUACUAAUCAAUCUCAAACCAGUGGGCAGCAGAAGGUCACCAAUCACGGACUGAAAACUAGACUUGUUAAAAUCUUUGCACCUCUGAUGCAGAAGAAGGAUGCUGGACUGUUUUCAACUUCUACGAAAGGAUAUGAAGCUAUUUAAGGUGCUCCAAUGCGAUGCUUUUGGACCUUAUUGUUUUGUACAGGGUGUCCCAGAAGUAUGUACUCAUAGGGAAAAUGUACAUAUAUUCUUAAACUAACACAUUUCUAAUGUCCGUUGUAGAUAUUUCAGGAAAGAAAAUACCCUGAUGACACAGUUUACCAAGAAUUGGUAUGUGUUAACGGCAUGCAAUUUGAAUAAUGAAUAAAUUAAGAAUACAAUGUGUAUUUUUCCUAGGGGUCCAGACUUGUGGAACACCCUGCGGGUAGAAACUUCGGUUCUCCCUGAUAAAACGAUAUUUCCUUUACAACAUAGGUUUUAAGGGAAUGCUAAAAUACUAAGUUGAAAAAGAAUUUGGUGAUAAUUUAUCACUGGUAAGUGGCUAGAUAGCGAAGCUUGUUUAUAAAGUGAAGAGACCUAAUGCCGUUAAAAAACACACAAAAAAAAACACGUCAUGUUGUCACUCAGUUUUGAAUAAAUUCCUUAUAUCGCUAACAAUUACUAACAAAUUAUACAUUUAACAAAUAGAUAUGACUACAAAAUGGAAUAUAUAACAGUAACGAACAAAAAAUACAUGAAAUUAU